AUGUGUGCCGCCAUGGAUCCGGACAUCAUGCAGCGGGGAGGAUCCAAACAAAGAGCUGCGAAACGUGCUGCACAAACUUCGGCAGCAGUUCCAGAACCCAGCCGAUUGGCGACCCACCUUCUGCGGUCAUUCGGCUGGGGGAAGAUGUCUUUGCCAGAAGUACAGGUGGUGGCUGCACUGGUGGAAGAAGAUGCAUUGGAGCCAGUGAAAGCCGAGAUUCGCAUACUUGCCAAUCUCGGCUCUCGGGGCCUAUAUCAGGGAAAUCUCCGGAGAGACCUAUUGAGGCACACUCAAAUGCCUGCUCUUGUGAGCAGCAACGUGUGUGUGCCCAUCAAGAAAGCUCUCCGGGCUGCGAUCCCGUUUUUGGACCCUGUUGACGUGUUUCGGUCGCUGCAGCGACAGCCAAUGGUCUUCCGUGAGUUAUGCUGCAGGAACGAUGGUGACAUAGCGAACUUUUGGCGAGAGGUCGGCUCCUCGCACCCUGCACUCCUGCACCAUCCCGUGAAGAAGAUCAAGAACUACCAAUCCAGAGCGGUACCGCUGAUCCUGCACGGCGAUGGAGUUCCGAUUGACAGCAAGGACAGGUCUUGUGCUUUUAUCUCUUGGAGAAGCCUGCUCUCCUCACAGACCUCUUCAAAGCUCGUCCAUGUGCUGAUAAGUGCUGUUUGGACUGAGCAGAUCGUGGUGUCUUCCUGUGGCAACACUGUGGCCAGCAUCUGGGGACACGUCGUUCGGGCCUUUGAACGAUGUUUCGAAGAAUGCAAGACGAACAAUGACUUGUUCCCGGUGCUCCUUUUCUGUUCCUGUGGAUCCAUGGCACUGCCCUCGCCGCAGCUGCUGCCCUCUCCUGCGACACCUUGUGAGCCCCAGUGGUGUGAUUCCGGACUGGAUGCACAGCAAGCACCUCGGCUUCGACCAGCGGCUGGCUGGCUCAACGUUGUGGGUUCUCUGCUGGAGGACUACUGGCGGCAGCACAAGGGCAAUGGCAUCAACUACAUCACUCAGACCAUGGUCCUGGCUGACCCACAGGAUAUUCACUGCAGAAAGGGAUACCCUCGCUUGAAGGCCAAGGCAGCAGAAACUAAGGGCGUUAUUGCAGCUUUGGCGAGCAUCUGCCAACAGCACCUGCAACAGGACAACGAGGAGCACCAACAGAUUGCCCUGGCUUUGAGUUUCAGCCGCGAUUUGGACCAAAUGGCAGAUGGCAUCGAAGACUGGAAGCCCUCGAAAGAGGUGGCGGAUCGGAUGAUGCUCACGGCCGUUUGUCUCUUCCAGUGCAUGACGAUUUUGAAUAAGUCCUUUCUGGAGCAGGGCCAUCUGGCCUUCCAGUUGACAUUCAAGACACACUGGUUUCUGCAUGGGCUGCAGCUGGCGAGGCAUCUUUCCCCCAAGCUGACUUGGACAUACUCCGGCGAGGAUUAUAUGUCCAAAUGCAAGGGUCUCCUCAAGAUGUGUACCAAGAGCCGGACGAUGCUGACUUCGUUGGAUCGUUUCAUGCGGCAGUACACAGAUGCCAUGUCAAUCGAACUGGCAGAGAUCCUUGCACAGCCUGGACCGCCGCUCUGA